GCAGAAGGUGCGGGUGGAGCACGGCACGGUGUCCGGGGCUCUGAACCCCGGAGAAAGGCGGGGAACCGGGACGGGACGGGGCUCGGCAUCCCAACGUCGCACUCGGAACCAAACUCGGCGUUUGACUCAGAGUGCUGGUCCAAAAUGAUGCUUUGAUUGAGACUCAGUUUUUGCCCCCCUUCUCGUUCCUGAAGGAAAUCUUGAUCGUAGAUCAGUGGGCAACAGAAUGGAGCGUAAUGAAGCUAAUGGAAAUUCUUAAUUUCAUGUAGCUGAGUCUCAGUAAUGACCAGGUCCUAAGAUCUGUAGUUAGUCUCCGCCAUGCAGAGUGCAGUUAAACUUGUCCGUACAAACACAACUCUGACGCUGUAAUCGGAGCAGACAACUCCACGCGCGCGUGGGCAGGAGGAGCGAUGGCCGGAGCCCGAGGCAGCCCGUGGAGCAGAGCACGUUUGUACGUGGAGUCGUGGUUUGACUGAGCCCAUGUGCCCGUGUACACUCACAUCAGAAACCUCUCGAGAUUCACAGGUUGCUGGAAGAUGGGAAGCACCGAUAAAUCAGGCACCUUGUCAUUUUGUGGACUGGUAAGUAUGGACAAACCUUAACAUUUCCCCUCCUCCCUAGCUGCAUUUAUAUUUCGUUUCUUUUCCGAAACGGCUGCGGAUGCAUUGACAAAGGGGUUUAUCUCUGGGCACCCACUGAAACAGGGCAGACAGCUAGCGGUUCCCUGGACCAAGGCAUCGGGGAGUAUAACCGGGCUGCUGCUUGUUCAGCACAGACAAAUUUACAAGGUAAAGAGCUCUUGAAUGGUCAUGUAAGUGUGGCUCACUGUUCAAACAGGCUCGAAGGCUGCAACCUUUGCGCUUGUGACCAAUCGGUAUGUUACUCAUGGUUGUUCCACCCACAGGCUUGGCACGGAACAGCACACCUUCAUAAAUGCUGUUUGCCUAUUAUCAAGUUGAUAAAAGCCAGCAUGUGUUUGUACAGUGCUUUUACUUGAUUUUCAUAGCGCAAAGCUGCUUCUUCCCCUUCCUCUUCCUGACUCUUUGUGCUUCAUCUCACGGAGGAAGAAAGACAUAUUUCUGACAGAAAUUGGCUUCACGGGAAACAGCGAAUUCCAGCUUUAAAGGCUUCCUGGAGAACACCCCGGCGCAAAUGGGCCUCCAGAACACCAAACACUCCAAAGUCAAGCAAGCGACUAUACUGAUGUUAGGACUCGAUUCUGCAGGAAAAUCUACACUGUUGUACAAGUUCAAGUAUAAUGACGUUUUUCUAACAAUUCCAACAAUUGGCUUUAAUGUUGAUAUGAUCGAAACCGGGAAAGAUUUUACAUUGACGGUUUGGGAUGUCGGAGGACAACAGAAAAUGCGACAUGUUUGGUGCAAUUUCCUGGAAAACACAGACGCACUGCUGUAUGUUGUGGACAGCUCUGAUAAGCAGCGUCUGGAAGAAUCAAAGAAAGAAUUUGAACUCAUUUUAAAGAAUGAGUUUAUAAAAAGCGUACCAGUCGUCCUGCUGGCGAACAAGCAGGAUUUGCCUGGAGCUUUGAACGCUGAGGAAAUAACCAGGAGAUUCAACAUGAAGAAAUACUGCAGUGACAGAAAUUGGUACGUACAACCCUGUUGUGCUAUCACAGGAGAAGGUUUGUCAGAAGCUCUCCAAAGACUAACCACGUUUGCAAAACAGUACAGCAGAUCAAAGGAGACUUCUACAGUCUUUAAGGAAAUCAAAACACUUUAGGAAUUUCUGUCAUCAAAUUCUGGUGAACUUUAAUCAGCAUAUUUUGUUGGACAGACUAAAUCUGGAAAUACUGGAUUCUGGGGAACUCCUAUAAGUAAAUAUUUAUAAAGAACUUUGACAAUAUUAAGUUAUACUGUUAUACCUGCAGAUGCUUCUGUGAUACUACUCUGCAGCAUUUUAUUAGUGAUCGUAUACUCGGGUUUAUUCAGCUCAGGAGUGUCUUGGCUGAACGAUGAAAAAGGUGGAGCUGAGCUUCUGAACUUUAGCAAGUGGAAACAAAAUUGGUGAGCAGUGCUUAAAAUGCUUAAAUGAAGUUGUUUUGCCAAGACGUAAAAUAACCAAGUCAUUCACUCAGCAAGAAAAGUGCGAGAGAAAAUGUUCUUUCAUAAUAAAUGUCCUGUGGAUGUAUUUCUCAUGUAAAAACAUAGUCAUUUUAGAGCUUAACCUCUUAGUUAUGUUCAAGAGAACCUGGGAAUCUGAAAUAUUUUUGGGGUAUUAUUGCAUUCUAGAACUGAUUACUCCAAAUGGAUUUUAACAGGAUCUGCUCCUCAUCGAGCCACAGACAAAAGUGGGAUCUGGUGCUGUCUGUAAGGUGUAGGUCUGAUGUCUCGUUGUUACAGAUUUCCAUGUGCCCAUUUCUUUGUGCUGUCGGAUUGCCAUCCUUAGCCAAGAGCAGAGCAAUGGAAGCCAGUAUGGGAUCGGUCCAACGAAGCGCUGAUCCCCCUCGGUUUUGGGGUGCGGGAUAAAGAGGGAAGGGAUGGGGGGAAUUGGCUCCUUGAGUCAUUUUUUUAUAGAUCUCGAUGGAUCCUGUCCUGCCUGUACUGAAGCCGUCUGAAACUUUGUUACUGAUAAAUUUAGGUUUGAUUAAAUUUGACAUAAGUUGCACAAAAUUUCUAAUCCUAUUACUACAGUUUGUAGAAAAAAAAUUCCAAAUGAAAUUUCUGUUCAGAUUUCCUGGUUCAUGAAGGAGCAAAUUAGUAUUGUGAAUGCCGUUAAAGCAACAAAGGGUUGAUAACUGGAAGACUAAUUGAACUGAAUCAACCAUGAAAACAGUUUUAACGCUAAGGCUGAAAAGUUAAUAGGGCCUGCUCUUUUAAAAGCAAGAGAAAAGACACCGUCUAAUUAUUGGUUAUACAGUCCCAGAAAAUACAGCCCAAUUAUUUCUGCCUUCUUGAGCAAUGUCUGCAGAGGUAGGAUGCUCCAGUGGUUAGGAUGCUUGCUUAGAUAGCUGGAUUUUUCUUUCCUACGUCUACCACAAUCUUUGACCGUGGCCAAGUCACUUAAUCACUCUGUGCCUCAGCAGUCCCUUGUCAAAACGAACUUCCCAGUUAAGCACUCUGAAAAAGUUGCGGCAAGGGUCAGCUUGUGAGCUUUUCGCCUGCGACAAAAUGAUCACGCAAAGUAAUUCACGUAAGAGAUUUACAUUUAGUUCUUACUAAUAAACAGGCAGGAUUUUCAAGUUAUAGUAGGGUGAAGCAGCAAGAAAAGCACACGGACGUACCCUGUUGUCUCAUGCAUAUAUUAUUCAAACACAAAAAAUCAUCAGGUGAAUUUGCUGAAAUAGUAAACAAAGGACUGUUUCUCAACAGAAGCUGUUAUUGACAGUAAUUACCACAGGCUAAAUCCUGAGUCAUGUUGAGACUACAUUUCUAAAAGGAGAGCAAAUAUUUAGACUUGUCAUUGCCUGGUCUGAUGAUUUAGGCUCAAUAUAAAGUAUCUUCUGUCCCAGAAAAUAUUUUUAAAAGUCUACAACGAGAACACUAUUUUUCUAAACCCAACAAUUCAAUGCUAAAAAAUGUAGUAUUUCAGAUCAAUACAUUCAUAAACAUUUGAAUGCAUAGGUUACAUAUUGAAUUCUCCCACUAGUUUAAUCUAAUCAUGUGUCUAUUAUCAAUCUGAAUCUAGUUCACUGGCCUCGGGACUUCCCCAGGGAAUAAAACUCCUUGAGAGAUUUAAUGAGAGUGCACCAGGGUCUCUAAUUAGACAAGAAGCAAGUUCUGAAGGGAGAAAUAAAGUAGUAUAAUAGACCAGCUCAUACAGCUAAAAAAGAGAAUAAGCUUUCAGGCACACGGUCCCUUCUGCAGGUUAACAAAUUAGAUCAAGUGAUACUCACAUUGACUUGAAGAAAAUGUUUUACAUCAUCCUUCACACGAAAUAAAUAAACCCAAUUCCAUUCACUUUAGAGAAUAUCAAGUAUUUAAAAAUUGAUUUUUCUCAGGGAUUGGUUUCCUAAGAAAGUGAAGCCAUGCCCAUUUUAUUCUGCCCGUGGAGACCCCUACCUUUCUGAAUAAUUUUUAAGCUUUAAAUCGGGUUGGACAGGGGUGCACACUCUCAAAGGAAUUAUAUACCUGAAAGUUUAAUUUAAAAAAAUCAGUGAGAUAGAGAAAAGUGGCCAUACUGGUGCCCCAGUGAAAGCAAAGCUGAUGAGGUACAAAAGACUAAUCCCCGAGGAGAUAAAUGUUCCAUUUGAGCCGCAAGAGAGCCUACAAGAGGACAUAAAUCCACAGAGCCCAGAGUUAAUUAGUUCCUCUCCUCCUGGAGCAGGCUGGUCUUUUUUCUAUACUGCAUGAGUAAAUAGGAUGAGGAUGAGGAGACGGAAGAUAUAGAAUCCACUGUUUAGAAUUUCCUUUCUACACCUGGAGUAAAGCAUCGCCCUGGCUGCUCACCACGUUUUGGGAAGGAUCCCUGAAAAAGCAUAUUACGUGGGCAGGAAGGUGCAGAGGAGGUGGAACCUCUGGCUCAGUUCUGCAAGGAUGCAGAGCAGGUCCCCACGCUGCCCGCUUUGCAGCCGGUGCGGCGCGUCUCCCCAGCACACCAGCAGACUGGGGCUGGUUCUGACGGACGGUCACUUGGCAGAGGCAGGAGGGAGCAGGGCCCCCUGCGCCACUCACCGCAGCGUCCGCGCCUUCUGCCCUCACCCGCGUACUCACCCCAGGGCACUGUCUGGUCCCUAUCAGAAGCCUGGAAAUUGUUUGAUAUUCGAUGCCAUCACGUGUUAUGUGGUGAAAUCAAUAGCAAGGAAGUUACAAAGGGGUUUCAGCGCUUCAUCCUGCGAUAGAGAGCUUCCUAUCUUUUGACUGCUGGGCUGAACAAGAUAAUGAGCAGAAUUGUCUUUACGUUAUAGCACAACAAAGUGGAAUUCUGCUUGUGCUAAAAAUACAAUCCACAGCAUCGUAAGCAUAAUUUAUUCCUGGAUAAGUUUUAUUUUAUUAUUUAGAAUUUAUAUAGGUUACUCACUAAAAACAAUUUUAGGACAAUUGAAGGGUUCAGGGUGCUU